AUGACUGAUGGCUCGUUGAUCCAAGUGCCCUUGGGGCUCUUGAACGAGUACUUCAAGGCAAGCAUGAAGCCGCGCCCCGCUAACUACGGUCGCCGCAGUCCUAUGUUCUCGUACAGCAAUAGCCCUAAGCUGUCGCAUCCUGCGCUCCCAGAAGAUAGUUGCGCUCCCAAUCGGUGA